CUACCGAGACCAAUUCUGUUGCAUUUAUGCAACAUUAUGGAGCCUAAUCUGACGAGGCCAACAAAACGCAGCCAUGCCAUCCCUGCACACCUACAAGUGCUAUCUGUGCUUGGCUUCCUAGCCACAGGGACGUUCCAGCGGGAGAUAGGUGACAGGUCCGGCAUUUCGCAACCAUCCAUGAGCCGCAUCCUGCCUGCAGUUCUCAGAGGUAUCAUUAAAUUAAUGCCAGAGUAUAUCCAAUUUCCAUAUGGCGCACAACGGCAGACAGAAGUAAUGCAGGGGUUCAGUGCAGUUGCAAACAUGCCAGGUGUUAUCGGUGCCAUAGACUGCACACACGUACGCAUCAAGGCUCCAUCCGGUGAUGCAUUUGCUUACAUUAACCGGAAAAACUUUCAUUCCGUGAAUGUGCAACUGAUCUGUGACGCAAAGUGUGUGUUGAUAAACGUUGUGGCACGGUGGCCCGGUGGGACGCAUGACGCAUUCAUCCUGCGUAAUUGCGCAGUUGGCACGCGUUUGGAGGAUGGAGCUGUGAGAGACGGCUGGCUCAUUGGGGAUAGGGGUUACCCACUGACGCCGUGGCUUAUGACCCCACUGGCCAGCCCGCAGACACCACAGGAGCUGUCACACCACUACUAACAGAUGAAAAUAAAAUUUUUUUUUGGACUCCACUUCUCCCAAAAUAAUUUCAAUCUCCGCUUCGGAAAAAUUCUUUUUUCUUUCUCGUUCUUUUUUUCUUUGUGCCAUGACUGACAGGUCGACAGGAUGCCUCUACACACCUCCUUAUAUGGUGGUCAUUAGCAAUUCAUGGGCGGGGUUCAUGCUAAUUGCUGAUUACCGGGAGCACGCUGCCACCUUACGAUGGAUUGGCAUUCAUGAUCAUACACACGUGUUUAC